AUGGUGACUUGGAAAAGGAGAUUUACAUGGAGAAACCUCUCAGGUGAUGAUUUUGAGGGUAUCAAGGCUCUAAAACAAUACUUAUUUCAGAAUUUUCAGACUGAGGAUUUGGGUCCUCUUCGUUACUUUCUAAGAAUUAAGGUAGCUCAAUCAAAGUCUGGUAUUGUUAUCUCUCAAAGGAAGUAUGCUCUUGAUAUUUUGGAAGAAACAUGUCUUACAGACUGCAAACUAGUUAACACUCCUAUGGAUCCUAAUGUAAAGCUUCUCCCUAAUAAAGGGGAGCCAUAUACUGAUCCGGGAAGAUAUCUAAGACUUGUAGGAAAGUUGGAUUAUCUUACCUUGACUAGACCUGAUAUAUCUUUUUCGAUCAGUGUAGUAAGCCAGUUCUUAAAUUCUCCUUGUGACAACCAUUGUGAAGCAAUUAUUCGAAUCCUUAAGUAUACCAAAGGAUCACUUGGAAAAUGGCUUAUUUUUUGUGAUAGAGACAACACUGAUAUCAUUGGAUAUUCAGAUGUUGAUUGGGUAGAAGAUGCAAGUGAUAGACGAUCUACAUCGGAUUAUUGCGUUUUUAUUGGGGGGAAUUUGAUCUCAUGGAAAAGCAAAAAGCAAAGGAUCGUUGCUCGAUCAAGUACAGAAGCUGAGUAUCGAUCCAUGGCCCAUGCUACAUGUGAGCUCUUGUGGUUAAAACACUUACUACAGGAACUUCACUUUUAUGAAGUCGGCCCUAUGGAGCUUGUCUGUGACAAACAAUCAACUUUGCACCUCUCCUUCAAUCCAAUUUUUCAUGAAAGGACAAAAAGUUUAUAG